ACUGGGUGGGAUAUUCUGUCAGUUUCCCCUCACCCUACCCAGCCCUGUGCUUAGCUUGGCUCUUUGCUUCCCCUGCGUCGCUUUGCUCUGCCCAACCAUCCCUAGACCCCCCUCUGCAAUGCUGCCACACCGGCAGCUCCAAAUUCCCCAACCCCGGUAAAACUUACAGUUUAUCUUCAAUUUUCUAUUUUUCUUAAUUUUUCUUUUAAUCUUGGAGAAGUUCAACCUGUGGAUUACAUGGUUCAGGAAACAAGACUGUGAUCACCAAGUGGAAAUGGAAUAAUUGAAUAACUGGGACAUUUUUUUUACUGAGAAGUGGAUGCUGAUUGGAUUCAUACUGAAGCUGUGAUUUUCCAUUCACUUCUGCAUGAGGAGGCUUUGCCCCCAAUUUAAAGGAUAAUACCUGAAAUUGUCUCCAUAUCACCAUGGCUGAAGGAGCCUCCUCCGCAGCCACUAGGUCCAGUGGAGCAGCACCACAGACGGGGUCUCUCGGGUCCAAAGGUCUAGGGCUCCUCGGGAAGCUGAAAAUGUCUGCGGAGCUGCUGAUUGCCCUGGCUGCUCUCCUGUCCUGGGUGGUGGUGGGAGUGGUGAUGUUUGAUUUUGUGGAGUACAAAGCAGUCCCUGACAUUGAGCAAAUCAUCACGGACCCUGUUCAAGCUGUAAAUGACGCUGUUGAUGAAGUAUCCAGUCUGCUCAAUAAAUUUCAAGAAUGUGCACCUGAUUUAAGUGACCCCACGUCUGCUGUUACUUACGCUGCUGAGGAAAUAUCGGAAGCAAAAGAUGGAUUUGUUCGCUAUUUUUCAGAUGAGGAAGGGAACUUCUACCUCAGCUAUGUUGACCCUGUGGUCAUCGGUAGACAAGCUUUCCACUCAACUAAUGAUUUCAUGAGUGGCGUUGUGGGCUCCUUCAGGGAUACGCUGUGUGCUAUUAUGGAUACUGUUUUGGACACUAUAUUGGAUAUAAAUACAGGAAAAACUGACCUUAGCUAUAUUGACCCUGUGGUCAUAGGCAGAGGUGUCUUCAGUGUUAUUAAUGAGCUUAUGUGUGGAGUAUUGGGCUACAUCUGGGAUGUGCUCUGUGCCAUCCUGGACACUAUUCUGGAUGUAGUGAAAGGAACCACAGAUAUUAGCUUCAUGGACCCUGUGGUAAUUGGCAGAGAUGCCUUCAGUGUUACUGAUGACACUGUGAGUGGAGUAGUGGGAUACAUCCAGGACGUGCUCUGUGCCAUCUUGGACAAAAUACUGGACAUAACGAAAGGAAACACUGAUGUUAGCUUCAUUGACCCUGUGGAUGUUGGCAGAAAUGUCUUCAGUGUUACUAAUGACUUUGUGAGUGGAAUAGCAGCAUACAUCCAGGGUAUGCUCUGUGCAAUCAUGGAUGUAAUACUGGACACAGCACAAGGCAUCCAGGAUGCUGUGGGAUUCAGCCCAAUGUCAGCUCUGAAGGGAACAGCAGAAAUCAUCACAGAACAGAUAAACAUGCUCGUGAGCUACGUCUCCGCAAUGCUGGUCAGCGAACAAGGGAUCAUGCCUGAAGUUUCCCUUGACCCCAUGAAAGUUGUGGAAGAUGCCGUGUUGGAGUUCACAGACAAGAAAGAUUUGUUCUUGGCUUACAUGUCAAGCAUGGUUGUUGGUGAACAAGGUGAACCUGUGGCCACACCGGUUGUAAAUGUAGUAACUGAAAAAGAUGAAACUGUAGGUCCUCCGUCUGAUAUACAUUUAGUACAAAGGAAAGGUGAAUUUCUGCCACCUUUUGAAAAAGUUACAGAAAUUAUGAACGCUGCCAAAGACGAAGCUGCUCCUGCUGCAGAGUUAAGUGAGGCCCCAGACUCAAAGGAGGAGGAAGUUCCCACUGAAGCUGCCAGUAAAGCAGAUGAGGCAGAGGAAGAUGAUGUGAAACAUGUUGACCUUGUUGAAGAAACAGAGCAUGAACCAUCAAUGGAGGAUGAGGGAACCCUCGACGAUGACAGCAAGGAGGAACACAAAAAGGAAGAGGCAGAAGACGUUACUGAAGAAGAGGAGAAGGAGGGAGAGGAGAAAGAAGAUGAGGAAGGUGAUGGUACAGAAGACGAGGAGGAAUUAAAAACAGACGAUGAUGAAGAACAAGAAGAGGGAGAUAUUAAAAUACAGGAGGUUGAGGUAGAAGAAGAGGAGGAAAAGGAGGAAAAGGAGACCAAAGCUGAAGAAGUUUUUGUAGAGGAGGAAGAGGAGGAGGAGGAGGAGGAAACAAAAUCAAGAGAGGAGGUGGUAGAAGAUGAGGUGGAGGAGGAGGAAGAGGGGGAGGAGGAGGAGACCAAAACAGAAGAUUUGGUAGAUGAGAAGGAGGAGGAGAAGACAAAAACUGGGGAAAUUUUUGUAGAGGAGGAAGACGAGGAGGAGGAGGAGAAGGAGGAGGAGGAGGAGGAAACAAAAUCAGGAGAGGAGGUGGUAGAAGAUGAGGAGGAGGAGGAGGAGGAGGAGGAGACC